GCUGCCCCGGAAGCGUUCGCCGGCCGCCGGGGCCUGCGGGAACAUGGCCGAGUCGCCGGAGGAGGUGGCGGUGCUGGUGCAGCGGGUCGUGAAGGACAUUCGCAACGCAUUCCAGCGCAACCCGCACAUAGAUGAAAUUGGAUUGAUACCCUGCCCUGAAGCCAGGUAUAACCGGAGCCCUAUUGUCCUGGUAGAAAACAAGCUUGGUGUGGAGAGCUGGUGUGUCAAGUUUCUUUUGCCAUAUGUCCACAAUAAACUUCUCCUCUACAAACAAAGAAAACAGUGGCUGAACAAAGAUGAGCUGAUAGAUAUCACGUGUACCUUGCUGCUGCUGAACCCCGACUUCACCACUGCCUGGAAUGUGAGGAAAGAAUUAAUACUGUCUGGCACUUUAAAUCCACUUAAAGAUUUGCAUCUUGGAAAACUGGCGUUAACCAAGUUUCCAAAGAGUCCAGAAACAUGGAUUCAUAGACGAUGGGUGCUGCAACAACUAAUUCAGGAAAACUCCUUGCCAAGUCUCGCGACUAAAGGAAACCUGGGAGCAGCACCUGUGGAGAGAAUUCACCGACUGGUGCAGGAGGAAAUGAAUGUCUGCUCUGAAGCUGCUGGGAGAUAUCCAAGCAACUACAAUGCCUGGUCCCAUCGCAUCUGGGUUCUACAGCAUUUGGCAAAGCUGACUGUCAAGGUUCUCCUUGAUGAACUUUCAUCCACUAAAUAUUGGGUAUCCAUGCAUGUCUCGGACCAUAGUGGAUUUCAUUAUCGCCAGUUCUUACUCAAUUCCUUGAUAGGCAGAACUGUGACUGACAGUAACGUACUGGUAAAUGAACAAAACCCUAACCUUCAGAAGGAGGAGGAGAGUGCAGGGACAGAAGCUGCUUGUGCAGAGGAGCAAAGCGUGGAUCUCCCCCGCCGUUUAGAGGAAGAGAUGGAGCUCUGCACUGAACUGAUUGAUAAUUACCCAGGGCAUGAAACCUUGUGGUGUCAUAGAAGGUGUGUGUUCUACCUUCAACAGCACCUAAGCAACAAAUUUCCUCUUCUGAGUGCAGUGGUAUCAUCUGCGGACAGCAGUGAUGAGACUCUGAAUAAUUCCCACCACAGUCCUGCAACAAGUCACAUGGCUCAAGCUAUGGAUGUUGAUGGUUUGAAUGAAUCCAGCAGCAAACAAGGUUAUACACAAGAAACAAAACGCCUGAAGCGUGCUCCUAUGCAGGACUCUCUUGGUCCAGAAAUGGAAUACCAGUUCAUUGAUAAAGUAUUAUCAACUUGUAGGGAUGUGGACCAAGCCAGGUUUGCUACUGCUUAUAGGAAAUGGUUAGUUAAAUUUUUAAGUCAGUGAAGGAAGUGUUUAAAGCUUUCAGGGUUCUUUUCUUAGUGCAAUAUUCUCUUUUCAGACACAAAUGCAUGUCUUGGUUGCAAGUGUUAGCCAACCCUGUGUUUCUCUCUCUUUUGAUGGUCAGUCCUAAAGUUCAAAUUCAGAGUAGAAGUCUGUCACUUUAUUAGAAACUGGCAUACCUUUUUAUUUACCAAAUGCAGUUUGUUCCUUAAUCUUUUUAAGAAAUCACUAUGUCAGCUUCCUACCACGACAUUUUUUUACUUUUUUUUCUGUGUUAGCUCUGAAUCAUUAGACUUUUUUAAAAAAACAAUAGAGGUAAAAGAAGAAAAGUCUGAAAUGCUUGUGAAACAGUGUUUGAAAAAAGGAUGGGAGAAUCUGUCAGUAACAGCUAAACCUGUUUCCAGGGUGUUCGUCUUUACUAUGUGGUGUCAUGCUAACACCUUAUUGGAUCCAAACGGUAUUCGGUGAGUGCUAUUAUUUUUGUAUUAGCAACCUUUGGUAGAACACCAGACUGAAGUGUUUCUUUCUCAAGGCUCCAGUAACAAUAUUGGAGCCAUCAUGCCUUUUACUGUUUUAACUGGGGUUUUGUUUGCUUGUUAGUUGUCAUGUUAGCUUGAUAGGGAAGUCUAUGAAGUUGAAAUCCUGACACAAGAAAACGUGACAGAAAAUAGUUCAAACACAUCUUCACACACUUAGAGCUAUAUUUGGAAAUACUUUUCUUAAAAUAGACUACCUUCUUUCCUUACUUGGUGUUUAUUUAUUUUAUCUCAACAAUCCAGAAUUAAUCAAACUCGAUAACAUUUCUGAAUGUAUUAUGUUCACUACAGAAUCUCAGCCACCUCAGUCACACUUUGCUGAUUGUACUUAACCAAGACUCUACAAGGCCAAUAUUUGAUGGAGUAAAAACUAAAUCUUCUGACUGGUUGUUGAGACUAUACAGUUAAAAAAAAAGAAAGUGACGGCAGGAGGGAGCCAUCUCUUCCCUUUUGUUCUUUGAGCUUCAGUCUUUGGGGUUUUUUUUAUCUUCUUUACUCUUCCUUAAGAGCUCUUCUCCAACCAUACGUCUCUGUUAACAUAACUGUAAAUUUGAAGGGAAUUUGAAAUUAAAUAUAGUUGUGUAUUCUGUCAUUUCCUUAGAACUUGUAUGCAUAAGGGAUUUUUUACACUAGUAGAAUUGUACUGAUCUAGAGACCAGGUGUAGAAGUCUGUUCGAUGACAGCAUGGCCUCUUUUAAAAUCAGUCUAUUCACUGAGGGGAUUCAAUUUUCAAGUUAGUGUCCUCAUCAGAAUUGUUGUAUAUAUCUCCUGGCCAAAAUGCCUCUUGACCAUGAUGAAGUUUCAAGAUGCUGUUUCUGUUGCACAGAGAGAGAAACAAUGAGGGAGGAAAAACACAGGUAGCCUGCUCAAAAGGUAUCAUUUCAAAUGAAAAAAAAGGCACUUGAAAUAUGGAAUUUCAGCACUUCUAAAUAGUUUGAUGAAUGGGGUUUACUCUUGCAUUUCAGAAUGAAAACAGACCAUCUGUAGUCUUGGAGAGUAUGUUUGUGACGCAUUUCAGGUGCAGAAUAGCUAACAAAGACAUUUCUAUAUGUAUACACUGUUACUGUUCUGUUUACAGUACCUAGAUAAGAUUGAUCUAGGCUUGAGCAUCUCCAUGUUGAAGUUUUGUCUCAGAGGGCAUCCACAGCUGCCUCUCUGUAGCUAGGGAUGUUUGGUCAUUUGUUUUGAAGUGCUCUGGGAUGCUGUCUUGGUUGAUGGUUGUAGUUGCAGAAGAACAUAGUUGUUCUCUGAAGGAGGUGUGGGAAUGGCUUGAGAGGAUAAUAUUGUCAUAAGAUGUUGCCUCUGUGAUCACUAAUAAAUGGGUAGGUUCAGGUACAAAUGGAGUCUGAACUUAAAGAACUUAACUUGAGCAACAACUUUUACCUAUCUCAGAGGACCUGAUAUUCCUUGAGUAUGGAUGAUAUAUUAUGUAUGGUAGCAUAUGUCAGCUUGAUUAACAAUAUCCCAUUAAUUAACAGUAUCCCAUUAAUGACUAGUGCGAACCCGGAAAGUGUGAAAUCAAGUAUUAAGGAUCACAUUCUUGGUCCUGGGCUACUUAGUAAUGUAGUUGUGUGUUGUUUGCCUUGGCAAAAAUUUGUGAGAAAAAUAUUAGUGAUAGGAGCAGCCUCAGAAGUGGGAACAUGAUAAGAAAUAUUUCUUGAACUAUGGAAAGGAAGAGAUGCUCUCUUCUUGCACUGGAAUGAUUGAGAUUGAGGCUUUUAGAGGAAAAUAAUAUUAGAAUCUGACUUGAAACCUAUUAUAUACUUCUUCCAUACUGUAAUCUGCAGUCUUAGUUAGCUUUAUUAGAGCUGUACUGUGGAAGUUCUAUGCUACUGAAUUUGACAAUCUUUCCACCAUAAACAUUUAAACAGAUGCUCUCGUAAUACAUGUGUAAGUGGUGCAUACUCAUAGGAAGACAAGACUUGGUCCUAUGUAACUGAACAGAGUUGCAUUGAAUUUUAACACUUGGAAAAUGUUCUGAAUACUCUGAUUAGAGAUGGUGCUGAUAUUUUUAUUACUUUUGCAAAACACUGAUGGCUGUAGUAUAGCUCUUAAGAGUGGAUUUUCAAAGUCUACACCUGAUGGAAAUACUCCCCCACACUUUCUUUUUUUUAAAUCCAGUAAGAAUAGUUACGUUUAGAAAUGUUUGCAGACCAGGCUCUGCCACACAGAAAACUGAACAGUAACAGUGAAAUUGAAACAAAUCAUGUUUUUUUGCUUUGAAAGAAAUGCAAACAAUAAGCUGUUAAAUUCAAGCUUUAAUUUUUUUAUGGUAGCAAUAUAAAUUAUAUGAAAGAAGAAAAUAAUAUCUAAAUUCUUCAAGCUGUCAAUGUCCUGAAGCCUCAUACAUUAAAUGAUUGAAGAGGUACUUGUAACAAGUUGCAUUAAGCUCAGAACUGAUCUUUGCCACAUACCUAUCUGGCCAUUUGGCAGUAUUGCAGAGUCCCAUUGGGCGCUGCUUGAAAAAAAAGAGAAGUAGCUUCAGUCCAUUGGUAGUUAACACAUAUAAAGGUUACUGAAUACGCUUUCUUUAAGUGAGGUGUAUCAGCUGUUUUGUGUUUUGGAGAUCAGAAACUAAAAAUGUAGUCAGUGAACAUUCUUGGGGAGAAAAUGUCCAACAGAAGCUGCAGAAUACAAGACUUUUACUCUCUGAAGUUCUCUCAAAUAUAAAACCAAACUUUGCACAUCUGUAAACAUCUUCAUGUAAUGUUCAGCAUCUUUCCUGAUUUUGUCAUAUGCUGUAGUAUGUGUCAUUUGAAUUGAUGUGGGCUGUUUUUGCUCACUGGAUUAGUCUUUGUAGAAAUUUGUACUAGAAACAAAGGGGUUUGAGGAACAAAUGUAAUUUAAAACUACAGAGAUUGGAAUAGAAGGAGUUGCAUUCUUAAGGGAUUGAAUUCUGAGCUGCUAAAUACAUUGACUGUUAUUUCAAUGACAUUUGGUUUGUCUUGUGUGUUACAGUCACUGGAGAAACGUGCAGCAUUAAAGAUAGCUACAAUAACAAACCUGUAUGACUUUAUUGGAACGCAUUGCUAUAGCUGCACUGAUUAAUAUUUGUUAAUCUAUUCAUGUCUGCAUAUUUGUGUUUUAUUGACUUCUUAUAUAUUUAUACAACAAAGUUCAUGUGUCAUUCAAAUAGGGGAUAAGCUAAAUUGUCAGUUUAUACUAUUUGAUUAAUUACCUUAUAUGUACUUUGCUUUAGGACAAAUUAGCAAAGUGUAAUAUAGAUAGAAAACUUAGAUUUUUGUCUUACAAUCAAAAUUUCUGGCAUUUCCAAUUUUGUGUUAGUGCUGCUUAAUUAGAAUGUAUAGCUAGACUUUAUGGAUGGGAGUGAGGUUUUUUUCCUAAAUAGAUAAUUAAUGAAUUUUUAAAACAGUACUGUAUAAUAUUGAUGGAUAGAAACAAAGAGUUUUGGAAGGGUUUGUCUGCAUAGCCAGACUCAACAAGCAUACUCUUUCAGAAUAACAUAUAAUACAAUGAACAAAAUGUGACUACCAGAGAAUAAUUUAAGUUGUGAGUCUUCAGAGAUUUAAUGAUUUAAUUUUUGGACAAGGUUUUUUGCUUAGCUGUAUUUUACCUUCUGUGAGGAAAGAAUGCUGUUUUGUUUUUUUUUUUUUUCAAUCUAGUAGGACAUGAACCAUUGCACUUACAGUGUGGGGGAAAACGCCCACAACUGCUGAAUUGUAUCUUGUAGGGCAGUUUUGGGAAAAGCAGUGAAGUGAAACAUAGAUGUGACUUCUAAAUGCAUCUUUCUCUUAUACUCAUUUGGUGGCGUAUUUACAAUUAGAUCUUACUGUUUUAUCAGUGUCAGAUACAGAGGAAAGGGUGUAACUCACCUAUUCUCAAAUGCACUUAGCAUUCAAAGUAGUUUCAAAGGAAGUUCAGUGUCCCUGUCUAAGAUAAUUUUCCUUCUAUUUUUCCCCAUAUGCUCAGAGGUAUGUUUUCUUCUCACCUUCUUCUCUGUUCUUCCAAGCAGCAAAGAAGAAUGUAGCAAAGCGUUGGUGAGGUGGCCUAAUUUUGUGUUUAUAUAACUCUGACUACCUCCCAAGAAGUACUUUGACUGAUGUCCUUAAGUGGAGUUCAUCAGGCUCAUGUUUUUCAGAACCUCAUGCUAGGCCUAUAUUCUCUUUCAGAUGUGAAAAGCAAGAGCUUUUUGAAGCCAUCUAGUUUCCCAGGGUGAGUUUGAAGGAGAAAAGAUAAAAAGAUCAUAUACUUAAAGUUGGAAAACCUAGAAUUAGCAUAACUUUUCAUUAGUCUUUUCCUCUGAAGAAGCAAAAUAUUGCUAAAAAAUGGAGGAAAUAUGUGCUUCCAGGGAAUUCAUUGUAUUACUCUUUCAAAUUACAGACCUGACACUUCCUAGUGGCUUUUACUUAGUGUGUAAUGUUACUUCUCAGGGCAUAGUCUACUGUAGUGAAUUAGAGUACAUUUUUACUAUUUAUAAUUAUUGAUUUAAAAAAAAAAAGACAGCUAAACAUGUAAUAACUGCCUUUUAUUUUUAUUUUUUUUUUGUCUAGCAUAGUAUUUUAUAUCUACCCAGUGAUUUGCAGUAGAGCUUACCAUUUUGUUAUUCUCUAUCUUAAAUUGCUGUUGCAGGCUUGCAGGAAGCUCCUGUCAGCUGCAGAAUGUCCUCUCUGAGUUCCCUAGUACUAUUCAGUAGAAUAGUCAGUAUCUCAAAGGGGUAUGUUGUAAUGGUGGAGAAGUGUUUAACAGUAUCUGUGUUGAUUCACCAUACAUCUUAGAUUUAAUAUUUUUAAAUCUUUUGUUAGGACUAUGAAUGCUAGAACUGCAAAAGCUUUUUUAAUAGCUGCCAGACUCUUAUGUACAGCAGAGUUAUUCUGACAAGCAGAACUCUUAACUGAAGUCCAGUUUAUUAAACAUCUUUAUCUGCACCAUCUGGAACAUGCUGUAAAUCCUAUUGUAUAAACAGAGGUGGGAAGACCCCACAGUGAGGUGCCUGUUUUGUUCACAGGACAUUUUCUGAACAGAAUAUAAUUAUGAUGAAACAAAAAGCUUUUCUUGGAUGAGGUACACCUUUAUGUUCAUUGUGAAUAAAGUUAUGAAAUUGGUACAUCAUUAAUACAUUAAGAUUUUCUGAAUGCUGCGUAUAAUGGGUAGAUAAAGGGACUGGGCUUUUUUCUUAACAGGGUAUUUAUUACCUGUUAUUUAAAAAAGUAAUGUAAACGAUACAAGGUACCAGAUUUUGGUUUUAGAAGGCAAAAUAUAUUUAUACCUACUGUGUUUAUUCCCUUUUGUAGCAGUUUUUCUUUUUUGAAAUGGAUGCAUUUAAAACUGGGUAGUCAUCUUGAAAAGUGCUCUUGGGAAUGUCCUCUUUACUUUCAUAUAAUCGAAAUAAUAGAUGUCUUAAGUAGUUGUAAGUAGUAUUAAGAUCCAAGGUAGUGACAGCACUACAGUGUUCAAGUGAGCCAUUAAACACUAAUUUUGUAAUACUGUCACGUUCAUUGAAUUACUAUUCUAUUUAGGGAAGUGCUUAUUUUAUCAAGAUAUGUGCAAAAAAUAUUUAACUCUCACAGCUUUCUUAUUAAGGGGAUAUACAGCUAGUUUUAAACAUAAUAUUUUGCAAUAUAUUUUCUAUGAAAAAUUCUCAGAUGCACAGUUGUGACCAUUGUAAAUCUUAUGUAGGUUUCCAAGAUAAAUUAGAGAAUUGGUAAAUUUUGUAGCAGAAAGAAUAAAAUUAUGACAGGACUGUCAGACACUGGAAAGUAAUCUGCUAAAUGACCGGUGUUCUACAGGAUAGUGAAUGUAAAGCAUUAAGUUUGUUUUUCACUGGUCUUACUUUGUCAUAGGAUGAAUUCCUAUCAGAUGGGGAUUGUUUUCUUUCUUUUGUAAUCAGUAAAGAGCUUAUUUGUGAAUAAAUUAUCUAUAUUUAGUCUCCCACAGUAAGUGUGCAUGUAUGUGUGAAUGAAUGGAUGGCGGAACUGUAUUUAUGUCCUGUGAAAACUGCAAAAAUCUCCCACAUUUGGCUAUUUUUAUAUAGCACUGGUGAUCUGCAACCAGACUCUUCCAUGAAGGAUCUAAGUCUGAAUCUAGCAGGAUCAGUGCCAGUGCCAGGCUGUUUGCUGAAAGCAAUGAGAUCUCUUGCUUCCCCUCUCUGUCUUACUCCACCUAAUUUUCAUGAUACUUGGGCAAAUGUGUGCACACACCAAACAAAUCAUUAUUGGUGGUGUAGGAAGUGUUUGAGACUGUGAAAGAGUUUGUAAGGUCUUGCAAGCUAGGACGACUGGGCAGCGCUCAGCCAAUGACCUGCCUGGGGGGAUACCUUCCAGGAGUCCUCCAGAAAGGAAAUGAAUAGGCAUGUUUUGGAUGAAGUGCUUUAGCAUCACAGGAGGCUGAGAAAAGUAUGUCAGACACAAACUAGCAACUUGAAUUGGUAUUUGAAUACAAACAACAACUAGUCUUUUUGGUACUUAAUUUUCAAUAUUUUUGCAUGUUCUUUUUAUAAAAAUAAAUCACAUCAAAAAUAUUUUUGGAAUUACUCUUCAUUUUGAAUGCCUUCUGAUUUCGAAUUACUGGAUUUGAGAGCUUUCCUUAAAGGGAUCGAUUUUAUUGGAAAAUGCUAGCACCUUUCCUUCUCCUCCUAGACAAUGUGAUUCAUUCUAAAAUGAGCACCUAAAAUCAUAGAGCACUACUGAAGGUAUUGCUUGUCAUCCUAAAUGCAAAGUGUAAAAAUGCAAGGACAUGUUUUACUUAUACACUUUUUUUUUCCUCUUACUAGCUGCUAGGUAGAGGGAGUAUGUAAGGAAGCCCUGAAUCGAUAAGGACAAUCUUUUACUUAAUUUGGAUGUUCAUUAAAUCAGAAAGCUUAAAGGAAGUAAUAAACCCUCCAGUUUAUUUUACAGGAUCUGGUUAUAAAUUUGUUUUUAAUCUGGAUGCUUUAUUUUUAUGUCUGUUAGUGUGAGUGAUGAAACUCUCACUGACUUCAUUGACAUAGGAUCAGGCCAUGCUACGGAGGGGGUAUUAGCCACUGUCUGAUAGCCAGGACAUAUUUAAUGUGAUCAAUUUUAAGCGACUUCUUUGUCUUUAAAGAAUUGUCAUAUUAAUGGCUUCGGUGAAGAAAAGAACAGUUAGGGUAGUGUAUGCUCAUCAGCACUGUGAAAAAGAAGCUGUUAAGGCUGUGGAAUGUUUUAGUUUUAAAAGGGCAGCUAGAGAAAAAUGAAGGGUACUACAGGGUAUCAGUAGCUGAGAAAGCUUCCUUGUCCUCUCUCUUUUUUUUUUCCCCCCUCUAUUUUUAUCUCCCUUCUCUCCCACCUCUGCCCCCCCCAGCCAUUCCCCCUCUUCUCUCCCCUGCCCCUUGUGCUUUUUUAAAUCUUUUCUAGUGAUAGAAGGUUUCAUACAAUAUGCCUGUGUGCAAACCAAGGUAACACUUUAGUUUUGGAAAUAUUGCAUAUCAAUAGCAUACAGAUAGAUGCCCGAGGUUUAUGCAAGAUAUUUAGGGAUGACUGGUAAUCUUUUAAGUGGCAUGUGAUAAUUGAUGCAAUAUUGAAGGGGGAAAGUCUUAAUAAAUAGUGAUGGCCUAAGCAUUGCUGUUCUCCAGGCAUGCUGUCUACAUUUAUAAUCAACAGUAAACUGCACAUUUGUCACCCUUUCAUCUCACAAAUGCUUAUAACUAGGUAACAGCAAAUUUACCUUUUAAAAUAUAUCUACAUAAUGUUGAUUUGAGAUGUUCUACAAUUAUUCGUUGUUAUCUAGUACUAGAUAAUUCUCACCACACCUUUAGUCCAUCUUCAGUGGAACCUAGCCAAGUAUAAAUGGUUAUAAAUCUAGUUUUGCUGUGAAGGGAAGUUGAAAUUCCACCAUAUAAAACAUGCAUUUUCCUGAUGUUUAUUAAGAAACAUAGAAGGGCAUCCUAGCACUACUUUCCUGUUGUGCACACUGAGUUUUACAUUGUUUAUCUCAAAUAUUUUGUAUUGCAUGUUAAUUAAGUUUUUUCAUAUCCUAGUAGUACAAAAUUAAUUACAAAAUAAUAAGAGGCACCCUUACAGUUCUAGCUAUUCUAUGCAGAUGUCUUCCAGAAUUUACAGGUACAAUUUUAGUGGUGGUGGUUAGUAAAUAGAUUUUUUCACUUAUUUAUUGGCAGACUUGUUUUUAUAUGUAUUAGUGACAAAAUGGACUAAGCACCGCUGUAAGUUAUUGUAUUUCUGUAGAAAAUGGAAAAUAGUGUAAGAUUGUUUUUGUUAAAUGUUGGCAGUUUAUAAAUAAACUUGUCAUCUCCUAAAAACCUUGUUUUCUGACAACA